CCACAGCUCGUUAUGAAGCCAUAGCUUUUUGUGAGUGAAAAAGCUCAAAAUGGGAUUGCAGUACUCCUUUUCGAUGCUUAGACUAUUCUGCAGGCUAUCACCUUCUACGCCCAAACUCCUUUCAGUCCUAACUUGUGCAUCAGCAAAGGUGAAAUAUUUAAGGAUAAGGGCAUUCGGAACAGCAGCCGUAGUCGUCGCCGAAAAGAACGGUGGCGACACCUUCUUCGCGGAGGAAGACGUUUCCUGGACGUCUCUGGGAGUAUCUGACCGCCUUUCUCGGUCUCUAUCUAGUAUUGGCCUUCAGAGACCCUCUCUUGUUCAGACUGCUUGCAUACCAAAUAUACUUUCGGGAGCUGAUGUGGUUGUUGCUGCAGAGACUGGUAGUGGGAAAACCCAUGGCUACUUGGUUCCAUUGAUUGAUAAGUUAUCUCAAAGUGGUGGUAUAUCAGGAGGGGAAGGUAUUGGUGAUCGGGAAGCCUCCAUGUCCCGUCAACUUUCUCUAGUUCUAUGUCCAAAUGUCAUGCUGUGUGAGCAAGUGGUUCGCAUGGCUAAUUGUCUUUGUGACAACUGUGGUGAACCAUUGCUCAAGGUUGCUGCUGUUUGUGGUCGACAGACUUGGCCAGUGAAAGAACCAGAUGUGAUGGUGUCAACUCCAGCUGCACUUUUAAAUUAUAUUUACACAAUUGACUCAGAGAAUUGCCACCGUUCUGAUUUUAUACGUAGUGUGACACAUGUGGUUUUUGAUGAGGCAGACAUGCUUCUUUGUGGGAGUUUCCAAAACCAAGUCAUUCGACUCAUAAAUAUGCUCCGUUUUGAUGAGAAACAAGCGUCCUGCUUAAAAAAGCCUGAAAGUGAGAUAGUGAUGGGCCCGGGCCCCAAUUCUUCUCCUUUGUAUGACCGUGAAGAGGACAAUGGAGAGUCACAAGAUGAUUGCAGCAACAAAGAAGAUGAUUCGGAAGAUCAUUCAGGUGUACCAGAGUCAGAAAUUGAUUGCAAGGUUGGCAAGAGAACAGAUCGGAGAAGAGUGAGAAAAACUUAUGCGAGAAGUAAGCAGUACAUUUUUGUAGCUGCCACACUUCCUGAGAAUGGGAAAAAAACUGCCGGAGGAGUGUUAAAGCGGAUGUUUCCUGAUGCAUGCUGGGUCAGUGGAAACUACCUCCAUUGCCACAACCCAAGGUUGGAGCAGAGGUGGGUUGAAGUUACAACUGACACUCAAGCUGAUACCUUGAUAAAUGCUGUAAAAGAUGGAAUCCACUCCUCUGGAGCACUUAGAACAAUGGUGUUCGCGAACACGGUUGAUGCCGUGGAAGCCGUUGCCAAGAUCUUGACUCAGGCAGGGAUCAAAUGUUUCUGCUACCACAGUAAUUGCUCUCUGGAGCAACGUACAGAAAGCUUAAUUGAUUUUCAGCAAAGCGGAGGCGUUUUCGUGUGCACUGACGCUGCUGCACGCGGUCUUGAUGUCCCAAAUGUUUCACAUGUUAUUCAGGCAGAAUUUGCUACAUCUGCUGUAGAUUUUUUGCAUAGGGUUGGCCGUACUGCCAGAGCGGGUCAUUCUGGCCUUGUGACCAGCCUGUUUACUAAAUCAAACAGGGAUCUUGUCUCCACCGUUCGUCAGGCUGAAAAUCUGGGGGAACCGGUGGAGAAGGACUUUAGUCGAAAGCGGGGAUUCCGAAAUAAGAUUAAGAAGAGAGGAUCUAUAAACAUGGAUGUUGUAGCAGCCAUGGAAGAACAUGUUCUCGCAUGAUGAAGCUUUGCCUUAUUCCGUUAGCCCGAUAUAUUGAUGCAUAUGCAGUUGAAGGUUUGUAAAAGGAUAGAUAAUUGCGGAUUGUUUCUUUGCACUUAACCCUUUAAAUAUUGUGGCAAUGACACUUUUGGUACUCAAUGUUUCAACU